AUGAGAGACUUAACCAAUAAUACAACGACACGGGAAAUCCGGAAUCCUUUCAGUUCUUCAGAGGACCAAAACUUGUCAUCGGAUUACCAGAUAUCAACAGAUGACGCAUAUGAUGAUAGCACAAAUUUACUCAAAUCACAACAAGACAACAUUGGAUACCAUAAUAGACUUCAAGACAGUCAGAGGUCAAGUCAAGCUCCUAGUCAAACUAAUCUUCGGGGUGAUACACCUACACCUAGUAAUCCAUUUGUUCUGAUUGAAGAUACCCUUUCUCCAUUCGGUGGAUAUCCGAUAAUGCAAUUUCCACUAUCGAUAGAUGAAAAAGAACCUGAUGAUUACCUCCACAAUCCAGACCCAAUCGAAGAUGCGCUUUAUGAUAAAAACAGAUUUUUAAACGACUUGAAAAGUAUGGACAAAAAAUCCUUUUGUGGAUUAUUGGGUGUGAUUGGGCUAUUCGUGGGUGCAAUGGCUAUAUUUGUUGUCUUGCCUGUUUUGACAUAUUCAAACGUCACGACACACUAUACACCUGAAAGUUAUGAAAUCUUGACCCAAUAUCAGUAUCCUACUUUAAGUGCAAUCAGAACCAGCUUAGUUGACCCAGAUUCACCCAGUGACGCACAAACAUAUAAAACAAAGGAUGGAGAUGAAUGGAAAUUGGUUUUUUCAGAUGAAUUCAAUGCUGAAGGGAGAACAUUCUACGAAGGAGAUGAUCAGUUUUUUACAGCUCCAGAUUUAAACUAUGCGGCAACAAAAGAUUUAGAAUGGUAUGACCCUGACGCUGUUACUACGGUUAAUGGUACUUUGAACUUGAGAAUGGAUGCUUACAAAAACCAUGACUUGUUUUAUAGAUCGGGGAUGAUCCAAUCUUGGAAUAAGUUGUGCUAUACUCAAGGACUAAUUCGUGUUUCAGCAAGCUUACCUUACUACGGUAAUGUCUCGGGCUUAUGGCCAGGUUUAUGGUCCAUGGGGAACUUAGGAAGACCUGGCUACAUGUCGACCACAGAAGGUGUUUGGCCGUACACGUAUGAUUCGUGUGAUGCCGGAAUCACUCCAAACCAAUCAUCGCCGGAUGGGAUUUCAUACUUACCUGGACAAAAACUAAAUGUAUGUACAUGCAAGGGACAGGAUCAUCCCAAUACUGGAGUAGGCAGAGGUGCUCCAGAAAUUGACAUUAUUGAAGCGGAGAUAGAUACAACACUAAAAAUCGGAGUUGCAUCUCAGUCCUUACAGAUUGCCCCGUUCGAUAUUUGGUAUAUGCCUGAUUAUAGUUUCAUUGAGAUAUUGAAUCUGUCAGUAACUACUAUGAAUACUUACGCUGGGGGUCCAUUCCAACAAGCUGUAUCUGGUACAACUGUCCUAAACCGAUUGUGGUAUGAACAUAACAAUAAUAAAGAUGGACUUCCAGGUUUCCAAGUCUAUGGUUACGAGUAUAUGAAUGAUGAUGACACGGGCUACAUCACAUGGUAUGUUGGAGAAAACCCUACAUUGACUUUACACGCAACUUCUUUACACCCCAAUGGAAAUAUUGGGUGGCGUAGGAUUCCAAAGGAACCAAUGUCAAUCAUUGCGAAUAUGGGUAUGUCAAAUAGUUGGGCCUACAUAGACUGGCUGUCCAUUCACUUCCCUCUAAAUUUUAAAAUAGAUUAUAUCAGGUUGUACCAGCCAGAAGAUGCGAUCAAUUUAACAUGUGAUCCUGCUGACUAUCCAACAUAUCAAUAUAUCGAAGAACAUUUAAACGCGUACUCAAACGUGAACUUCACAAGUUGGAAAGAAGCUGGCUAUACUUUCCCUAAGCACAAAUUAAAUGGCUGUUGA